GCUGGCCAAUCAGGAAGCCUGUCCUGGUUUUCCCCGCCAUCUCUCCACACCUUCUCCACACCUAGCGUUGAGUUGGCUGGCUGUUGAGGGUCUCUCCGCACUGGGUCCGCCGAAGGUGACGAGGCUUUUAUUUGUGGUGACCAGUUGGAAAGAUGUUUAAGAAUAAUCAUCACGACCACAAGCAAAAAGUGGAAGCCAUGAUUAAGAACAUUAAUACAAUUUCUUUGGAGAUGAAGAAGAUGAAAGAACUCUCCCAUAUCCUGCUGUGUGACCUCAAUCUCCAUUUUGGUCAGCCCAAGAAGACUGAGGACCCCAAGGAAGCAGAAACAAGCCACCCAUUUGAAGAGCCUGAGAUACCAGAUGUAGCCCUUGCCUCUAUCAGUUUAUCUGACUGAAUUUUUUUUGUGUUUGUUUUAAAUUUCUGGUUUUGUUGACUUAAAAAUCUGUAAGAACUAAGUUUAUUAGUAUAACUUAAAACAAUAUAAAAUUAUAAAUGAGCAUAGCAUCUGCUUGAAAGCUGUUUUUGUUGUUGUUUUUGUUUUAUUUUUAUUUUUUAAUGUCUCAAAGGGAAACUGAUUCCAUUAAUGCUAGAAGUCUGAUGUCGGAAAUUGACCUAUCUGUGUUUGACGUGCUAGCCUUGUUCUCUGUGCUGUAGACAGGCUUCCUCCAAGUGCAGGGUAGAAGAUGGUAGUAGCAUAGCAGCAGACAGCUUGCCUUUGGGGGCCCUGAAAAGAACUGGUUUUCUGUUCAGAGGGGUCCCUGAAUAGCUUAACUUUUGUUAAGAUGUUAAUCUGUGAGCAGAGAGUUGAGCAAUGGUGAUAGGUCCAGCUGGGGUCGUAAGGCCCAUGGCUCAGAUAGGUAAGACUGGCAGAAGACUAGAAUUGGAAGUACCCAAAGAAAAACACGUUGUGCUCCUCCUGAAAACGUGAGACUCCAGUGACUGUAGUCCCAGGAGUGUAACCCUUACCCUAAGAGACUCAAAUACAUUUCUGUCAUGUCA